UCAAAGAUUGCUGACAGAGGUUGUUUUGGAGGAAGUGACAAGAGACUGAAAAAGAAAGAAAUAGGCCCUCUUCAAUUAAACCUGCAGGGAUUCCUCUCGCAUAAUAAUUUAUCUAACUUUGGAAACACGUGGCUUACCUACUAGUAUUGAAAGUAUAUAUUGCAUAGAAUUAAACAGACGUGCGUUCUGACAGCAGCGUUACCACACCGGCCCCAGACAGUUUCCGUCCGAUCUCCGCAGCUAGCCAGCUAACGUUAGGUUGUUGUCUGGGGUUGGGGGGGCAGCCAGACAAAAUUGAAGUCGUCUGUUUUUCAUCCAUCAAGACGAAGAGCCCAUUUGGACAUUCUUUAAUAUACCUUCCCUGGGAUUGGGUUGAUCAAGCUGUGGCACAAUGACGUCUAGGAAGAAAGUACUACUCAAAGUCAUCAUCCUGGGAGACUCUGGAGUUGGGAAGACCUCGCUGAUGAACCAGUAUGUGAAUAAGAAGUUCAGUAACCAGUACAAAGCCACAAUAGGAGCUGAUUUCCUGACGAAAGAGGUGAUGGUGGAUGACAGACUUGUCACCAUGCAGAUCUGGGACACAGCAGGGCAGGAAAGGUUCCAGUCUCUGGGUGUGGCGUUCUACCGCGGGGCAGACUGCUGUGUGCUGGUGUUUGAUGUAACUGCCCCCAACACCUUCAAGACGCUAGACAGCUGGAGGGACGAGUUCCUUAUCCAGGCCAGCCCCCGAGAUCCCGAGAACUUCCCCUUUGUGGUGCUAGGCAACAAGAUUGACCUGGAGAACAGACAGGUGACGACCAAACGAGCACAGGCCUGGUGUCAGAGCAAGAACAACAUCCCCUACUUUGAGACCAGCGCUAAGGAGGCCAUCAACGUUGAACAGGCUUUCCAGACUAUCGCACGCAAUGCUCUUAAACAGGAGACUGAGGUGGAGUUGUACAAUGAAUUUCCUGAACCGAUAAAGCUGGACAGGAACGAACGGGCCAAGCCAUCAGCGGAGGCCUGCAGCUGCUGAGGACCUAGCAGACUUACAGGGGUGCAACUGUCGGCCCUGCUACUCUGUCUUGCCUUGUCUACCCUUUAUCCCCCCCCCCCCCCGUGUGCUCUCCUCUGCCCAAUAUUAUCACUGGCCUUCGUAGAUGCAAGCAGAGUUCCGCUCGUAAAGUAUACUUUACACACACACACACUGUACUCAUCCCUGUGUACACAUCACACAUUUACUCUCAAGAUGAGUCUCCAAGCCCAAAGAACACCCAGGUGGAUAUUAGAGCAUUUAUUAACAUAAUAUCUGCAUAUUUUUUCCCCCUUAACCUGUCUCGUGGCUCAAACACCUUUUUAGACACCAUUGUUUCCAUGGCACCACCCAACACACAUACGCAUACAUACAGAAAUAAACUCCUGUGACAUAAGGGGGGUUAGAUAUAGUUCACUCCCAAAGUUCCAGUGGUAAAGGAGGUUGUGUAGGAUCAGAUUGAGAAAUGUAUAUCAACGUGUAUAUGGGGGUUAUACCAAUGUACUGCCUGAAGAUACAUGUGUUAAUUGGCUUGGAAGUGAACUAGCAAGUCCAACAUACAAGUGUUGUUCAAGGCAUUUUUUUGCACUUUGUUGUCAUGUAGACUUAUUCAAUCCCUGUUUGACACCUCAUUUUGGAGCCAUAAUAAAAAUAUUGUUUUUUUUUUAGCUCAAGGCUGAAGAGGCAAUGUGGAUUUUAACUGUUCCCCAACUGCCCUACACAUUGUUUCUCAAUGGGGGAAAGUCAAGCAGCAAAUGAUUAUUUUGUCAACAUUGAGACCUGACACAGGGGGUAGAGAAUCAAACCAAGGGAGGAUGUCCUAUCUGAUACAGUCGGGGAGGGGAUAGGUUUUCAGAGUAUAAAUAUCUCUGUACUAUUAUUAGCUAGUACCUCUGUCUUUUUACACUGUCAACUAUUGCAAACCUUUGUCUGUCAAUCGUUUAAGGCAAAAAACAUGUCUGUUAGUUUCCAUAUCUCGCUCUGCCGAUAUCUCAGGUUGGCAAAUUAUUUGUUAAGCGCUUUAUUUUUUAAAAACCGAUCAGAUAUUUUAGUCUGUUCGCAUAUGUUUAGAAUUUGAAUUGCAUCAUAGAGGACAAGAGAACACUUAAACAAAAUAUGGGGGAAAUGUGUUAGCAGUAAUCAUUAAGUUUUUAAUUAAAUGAUAAAUGCACUUCA